AUGGUUUUGAUUCAUAAUCUCUUUGCGUUCUUUGAUGAGUCCCUUUCUGAUUUUUGCAAAGCAGCUGAUCUUGAUGGAAAAACUAUAGUAAUUGCUGGGCUGGACGGCGACUACCUGAGAUUGGGCUUAACCAAGCUGACAGCCCAAUGUGAGCUUUGUGGCAAGCGGGCGUUUUUCACCCCACGGAAGACUGGGGAGACAGAGACAGAAUUGAUUGGUGGUUCUUAUGUCUAUAUGACUGUCUGCCGCCAACACUAUGUCAUUGGACAAGCUGUUGUAGAAGCAGUGCAGAAUAUGUCUGGAAUACUUGUACAAUUUGGAUUUUCUGAUGUUUGUUUACGGUUUAGCAUUUGCAUAUGUUUACAGAAGAAACUUUGCUACUUGCAAUCUGAUCAUUAUUUGGCACUUGAUCAGUAG